AUGGGUGCUGUUUUCUCUUCCUCGUCUCCUCAAGUGUUCAUCAAUUUCCGAGGACAAGAUGUGCGCAAUGACUUCCUUGACUCUCUCGUAGAUAAAAUGAAAACUGAAAAUAUCAACGUCUUUAUAGACAAACACGAGGUGAGAGGCUUGGCUCUAGAGGAUCUAUUCAUGAGGAUUGAAGAGUCAAAGGUUGCGAUAGUUAUCUUUUCAAAGAAUUUCACUAAUUCACCUUGGUGCUUGAAUGAGCGUGCCAGAAUCAAGGAUUGUGUGGAUAGAGGCACUCUUAUAGCAAUUCCGAUCUUCUACAAAAUGAAACCGUCCGUCGAGAAAGAUCUCACAGGAGAUUUUGGCCUUGCUUUCAGGACUCUAAAGUACGAAAAUCGACACGAUCCAGUAACCGAGAAAUGGGAGAAAGCUAUAGUGUCUAUGACGCAAAGGCACGGAAUGGAGUUGCAAGAACACAGGUUUGUCUUUCGUCGCUUCUCUCUCCUUUUAUUCUAUAAUUAG